GCAAAGGGCCGCGCCGAGCAGGCACCGGCAGUCGCGAGCACGUUGCUAGUGGGCGCGGCUGGCGGGGCCGGGGGCGACAGCGGGCUAGCGUCCGCCUGAGGCCCGCCCCCCUCGGGGUUCCGGCACCCUGUCCCACGCUCCGCUAGGUCGCUCUACUAGUGACACCGCCGUGGUAUCCGAGGAGCUGUCGUCCGGCCUGUGCGGCAGGAAGCGGCGUCGGUCCCAACGUCCUAAUAGCUGUGAUUUGCAGUACAGUGUUGAAUAGGAGUGGUGAGAGAGAUCAUCUUUGCCUUGCUCCAGUCUUAGGGGGAAAGUGUCCAGUCUCACACCGUCUCUAUAGAAGCUGAAAUCACCAUUCUUCAAAAUGCAAUGGAAUAUACCACAGACUGUAUCUCGACUGGCACACAGGACAUGCUUAGUACCACAUAAAGCUGGUGUUUUUGGACACUGUCAAAACAUAAAUGGACCAUUACUUUUGCAUAAUGCUGAAUCCAAAGUGGUUUUGGUUCGAGGCCCUCAGAGACAAUGGUUGCACUUAACUGCUGCCCAGCAUGUUGCAAAGGAAAGGAGGCUAUUGGAUGCUCAUGCACCCCAUCCAGGGGUCCUUCGCCAUAAACAGUGGAACCAAGAUGUUUUAUCCAAGAGGGUUUUAUCUUCCAGUUCCCCAGCCCAAGGAACUCCGGAGAAAAAGGAAGAGCCUGAUCCUUUACAAGACAAAUCUAUUAGUCUGUAUCAGCGAUUUAAGAAAACAUUUAGACAAUAUGGAAAAGUUUUGAUUCCCGUGCAUCUAAUAACUUCUUGUGUUUGGUUCGGAACAUUUUAUUAUGCAGCCCUAAAAGGAGUGAAUGUUGUUCCUUUUCUGGAACUCAUUGGGUUACCUGAAAGUGUGGUAAACAUCCUUAAAAAUUCCCAGAGUGGAAACGCACUAACAGCAUAUGCCAUGUUUAAGAUUGCAACACCUGCCCGGUAUACUGCGACCCUGGGAGGGACAUCCAUUACUGUGAAGUAUUUGCGUACUCAUGGCUACAUGUCGACACCACCACCUGUUAAGGAGUAUCUACAGGACAGGAUGGAAGAGACAAAGGAGCUCAUCACAGAGAAGAUGGAAGAAACAAAGGAUAGACUUACUGAAAAGUUACAGGAAACCAAAGAAAAAGUUUCUUUUAAGAAAAAAGUGGAAUAGGGGUGCCUUAUAUAACAGGGUAUAGAAAAUUCCUGCACUUUAACCCUUUGGAAACUGGGCAAAGAUGUAUGCUUUGGAUUAUUUUUUGGUUAGUUGCCUAAAUGUACUAGUUCUCUGAGGGUUAAAGAACUAAGAUACCUUUUUAAAGUUAAAUAUUACUAGAAAAUCAGUGUUUUUUGAAAAGAAGAAGAAUUUCAAAUCAGUGGCAGCAUUGAGCAGUGGCUAAUGUCUCACAUGUCAGAGUUCUUUUUCAAGGUCUUCAGAAUCGUAUUUGCUUCGUGUUUUGUUGCGACCUGUAAUUUAUGCAGACUCGGCAGUUGACUCCUUGAAUAAGUGAUGUGACCCACAGACAGGCCGUUAAUACAGGAUCUUAAUCUUUUCUAUUCAUUAAGGUUGUAACUAUUUUCAGUUCUUAAUGUGGAGACAAACUAGCAUCAUCAAAACUGCCUGUGAAUAGGAGGGUAUUUAGUCUUUAUAAUAACAGUAAAUAAGUUAAAUACAGUUAAAAUACAGACCUUAUAUGAUGAAAGUUGAAUAAAAAUUCAGCCAUAUAUAUGUAAAGAAGAUGUUUUAGUUAUAUGUAAAUGAAAAAUGGACCCUUUAAAAAUGAUUUUUACUUGAAGCUUGUCAUAAUCAAUUUUUUUAAGCAAAUAUAUAUGGCGAUAGUACUUUUUCAAACUUGUGUAUUGGUGAUGAUCACCUCACACAUAAAACUUUAUUGUGAGUGUUUGUGUCCUCUUCAACUAAUAUUUCAGAGGGAAGGUGAAAAAUCAUCAUGCUUUAAAUUUGUUGUUGAAGCCAAAUAUUCUUCAGCAGCAACUCAAGCUCAUGUUUCUCAAGCUGAAAAAGGUUUUGGGAGACUAAAAAUGGUCAGGUUGUCAUGGAGACGGCUUACUCUUUCUGAGGUGGGGAUGGGCCUUGCCUCAGCAAACCAGUGUCUUAGUUUCAGAGUUAGUGUUUAUUUCAUUCUGGAGUAAAUUUUAAAAUUAUAGCUGCUGCUUUUUCUCUAACAUUGAAGGAAAAUAUCCUUGUUUGAGCAUCCUACUUAAUUUUUUUAUAGCAAAGCUGUCAUUAAAUUACCUGCUUGGAAUGGAAUUCAGCUGUUAUCAGAUAUGAAAGUUGUGGGGAUUGUGGGUGUGUUUGAGUUUGUGUCUUUCUUUUUGCUCUGUGUUUACUUCUGUUUUAACCUUGGAAUUGCUAAUUGGAGGAAGGCAUGGCUUCUUUUUAUAUUGUCAUUGUUUGGACUUAUCUGCUAGGGCAAGGGAAUAUCAAAGGGUUUGCCACAUAGUUACCAUAGUUACGUGGGGAUCCCUGCUGUUCAUUAGGAUCUUAGUUUGGCCAACUUGAGAGAUUAACUUAAAGGGGAAAAAAAAACAUUUGAUACAUCUGAUCAUUAUAUUGGAACACUUUUUAAAUGAA